CUUAGCUUUCGUCACCGCCUACUUGAUUUAGAAUUUAGUCAAGAACGCCUGACGGUAUCGAUUUUGGAUCUGUAGCGCGUUGCUAAAGCAAGCUCCAGACUCUAAACUCCAGACUCCAGACAACGCCGUAGACAUUCUCUUGAACAACCUCAAUUCUGCCUACAUGCUCAACUAGGCAUAAUACUCUCUUAGGACUUUAUUCAUACCUAUUUCUAUACCUAUGUACUUUAGGUUCUCCCAGAUUUAAGGAUAGCAUCCUAAGUUUUCUGACAUCUCUUUCUCGUUCUCAAAGUUGCAUUCUAGCCUACCAUGUCUACAGUUACCGCCACGGCGCUUCAGAGCGCAUAUCCUCCCAUCAUCCCCCUUUCAUUCAACUCGAACCAGCCGAACACGAUACGACUGUAUCCCCUUUCCAAUUACACAUUCGGAGUAAAGGAGACGCAACCAGAAGAAGACCCUUCAGUUAUAGCACGGCUGAAGCGCCUCGAGGAGCACUACAAUGCCCACGGCAUGCGUCGUACCUGCGAAGGCAUUCUUGUUUGCCACGAGCACAAUCAUCCCCAUAUUCUGAUGCUUCAGAUAGCAAAUGCAUUCUUCAAGCUACCAGGUGACUACCUUCGACCAGAGGACGACGAGAUCGAAGGAUUCAAGUCUCGACUAGAUGAGCGAUUGGCGCCGGUAGGCAAGCUGGGCGAGGGCGAGGAGCCGGCAAAUUGGCAAGUCGGAGACUGUCUCGCGCAGUGGUGGAGGCCCAAUUUCGAGACCUUCAUGUAUCCCUUCAUCCCGGCCCACGUCACGCGACCAAAGGAAUGCAAGAAGCUUUAUUUCAUACAGUUACCGAAGAGUAAGGUCCUGAGUGUACCGAAGAACAUGAAGCUGCUUGCUGUGCCGCUCUUUGAGCUUUACGACAACACCGCCCGAUAUGGACCCCAGCUCUCUGCCAUCCCCCACCUCCUAAGCCGGUAUAACUUCGAGUUCGUCAACGAACACGGCGAGGUGGUUGCUGCCACGCCCGGAGCGAGCCCCGAGGUCUUCAACCUCAAAACGAAAGUCCUUGCCGGAGGCGAUGAGGAUAUGAGAGACGCUAAGGAAGAGAAUGGCCACAACUAGUUGUAGUAGCUAUUCAGUGACCACAUAUCAACAAGCGGGGCUUUAUAUCUCCAGGAAGGAAUAGUCGCACGGGGAACGAGCCGAUAAUUCUGGAAAUGGGGAAGUCUAAGGACAGUACUAAAGAUGUUAAUUUUGGCUCUAGGCCCCAAGAGGCCGAGAUAUCAUGAGUAGGUAGGGUUCAUCGAGGUUAUCUCGAGCACCAUAUAGCCUGUCAUCUCAUGUGUGCUUUUGCAUUGAAAUAAGGCGCGACGAAACGGCGUACGGCGUAGGAAUUAGAUCGCGGCCUUGAGAGCCGGGAUUAUCUGAACCGAUCACAAGGGCUAGAUAAAAUGCAAUAAAAGCAAGACACAAGAUGUUUCUA